CUUGUUGUGUACUAUCUAUAGUGAAAGUUGAUUUGUCAAUUGUAUCUCUAUGCCUCGGUUGUGUGAAUCAUUGAAGCACCAAGCAUUGGUGCAGCUUAGGAGUGGUGUUUCUACAAGAAAAGUUGCAGACUCACUUAGAAUGAGUCAGUCUUCAGUAGCUCAUCUGAGGAAGGAGAUUAGUGGUGAAAUAGAAAAGCAAAGAGGAGGACGUCCAAAGGUUUUAGGAGAGCAAGAGAAGCGACUUGGUGUGCACCUUGUCACUACUGGUUGUCUCAAAACGGCAAGUGCAGCUGCAAAACAACUUCGAGAAAAAACAGAUGGUAGGUCUUGGUGUUGGUUGAGAGAAGGAGAAUGACCUGGACCUAAACAUGUUAGUCAAACUAUCAAACAUGGUGGUGGUUCAAUUAUGAUUUGGGGUUGUAUGACUGCUUUUGGGCGGGGUGCUUGGUAUCAAAUUGAAGGUAGAAUGGCGCAACACUUAUACAAAAAAAAUUUAGAAACCUACUUGCAAAGUACCACACAGAAUUACAACUUAGAUCCUACUAAGGUGGUUUUUCAACAUGAUAAUGAUCCCAAACAUACGACAAAAAGUAUUCAGUUUUGGCUCUCUUCACAGCCAUUUCAGCUCCUUCGAUGGCCAGCUCAAUCUUUAGAUUUGAAUCCAAUGGAAUAUUUUUGGGUCCUUCUCAAACAACGUUUAAGCCAAGUCACUCCAAGGCCAAGAGGUGUUCAAGAAUUGUGGGAGAAUGUUUGUAGUAUUUACCCUAGUUUUGAUGCAAAAGAUUGUGAGAAACUAUACAAAAGUAUGCCAAGAAGGAUUUCAGCUGUUUUGGAAGCAAAAGGUUA